UUAGGUUUGAUAGCAGGAAGUUUUUUCUAGGGGAUACGUGAAAUAUCUUUUAUUUCAUCAGAUUGUGUCCUCUGAAACUGGAACUAUUAACCCUCAACGGUGAAUGUAAACUUUUAUUUGGACCAGUGGUCUGAAUUGGAGCUCAGUAUUUAGGUGAAUGUGAACAAAGUCCAGCUUCAGCGUUUGUCAAGGGAGCAAGACUAGCUGCAGUUCUGUAGCUCACUUGGUUUCGCUGUCGGUUAUUUCGUUCGUCGUGGUGUUAACGCGGAGCAAGACUCACCUUGAACUCUUUCGCCGGUUUCAGUUCUGUUCGCAAAUAUUACAUCACGAUGCCGUUAUCCGAUUUGAUUGUGGCUGGCUGUGGUACUGCAGCCACUGCGUUGACGUAUUAUUUCUACAAUGGAAAAUACCGCAGUAUAGAACAAAUCAAGGAUGCGCCAACAUACAAAAUAGAUGCUAAUUUGAAGAGUAUUGUUGGAGAUGCUCAGAACAACACAAUACCUUAUGUGACCAUCCAAGGCGAGGCAAAGUCAUUAUUUCAACCAAUUAAAAGUCAAUAUGUAGCAGGAAUGGUUGGACUUAUACAGACACUAAUACUGAAAGAACAUAAGACAGAAUGGAGUAAAGCCACCAGACUAUGGCAUGAUACAAGUAGACAUAUACGGAACACUUCCAGACAUGUACCAUUCUGUAUUGAGGGGGAGGAUACAGGCUCUGUGACAGUUGAUGAUCCCCUAGAAGCAAGUGGUUUAGACCUUGACACUGUUUAUGACCAGUUUCAGCCAGUCGAGUCUAGUCUUGGUGAAUCUAUUGUUAACUGGGCAUCAGGAGAAAAGACAAAAGGUUAUGAAGAGAUUGAGAAACUUCUUCCAGUUGGAACUGUUUUAACAGGUCUUGGUAAGCUGUCUCUCGAACAUGGAGAAGUGAAACUGGGACCACCAACAGGAGGGGAAGAGUACAUUCUAAGUCGACUCUCUAAGAGUCAAAUAAUAAAAGAUAUGGACAGUAAACUUCGCAUUUCAAGAGUGCUCUUUUAUGUGUUUGGCACCACAACUGUGGCUUUUAUACUCUAUUAUAUUUGGAAAACUGUAAAAAAGUAUAGAACAAACAGAGCAAUGCGACGACAGUUCGAACUGAUAAGGAGGAACAGGCAAGAAGCUCAGAGGAAUGGGAAUGGCAGUGGGGAGGAAAAUCCUAAUGCCGAAGUCUGUGUGAUUUGCUUGAAUAAUCCAAGAGAAGUUGUAAUUUUAAACUGUGGUCACAUCUGUGCCUGUGCAGAAUGUGCGACAGCAUUGCAACCUCCACAGUGUCCUAUAUGUAGGCAGAGAAUAACACGAACUGUUCCAGUGUUUCAUGCAUAA